CCGAGCCACCGAGCGCAGUGCUCGUGAUUCCCUCGCCGCGUCUCUCAACUUAUCGUGCCGUAUCCGGUCGUUCUCCUAACUUUUUAAAUCUCGAACUCUGCUCUGGGUGCGCUCCACAGAGGAAUCCAGUGGCAUGGGUCAUGGUGUUAAGAUGACAGCGUGGCUGUUCCUCCUGGCGGCCGCGUGCGCCGCGGAGCCCCUGCACAGCACGCCGCGCACUCGGCACUGGCGCGGCGCCCGGCCCUUCGACAACUCGCCACAGCACUUUGUGGGGCCGCACGUUUGCCGUAGCCGCAACAGCACGCAUUGCUGUCCAGGGUGGACGUCGAGACCGAACUCUUUAUUAUGUGUAGUUCCGCUGUGCCGACCGGACUGCGGGUCGCCAGGGGCGUGCAUAGCACCCAACAUGUGCCGCUGCCCCAGCGGCGUGGAGGCGCCGUCGUGCCUGCAGGGCGGCGCGUACCCUUACCCCGUGCGGACGCGGGGCGGGUGCCGGCGGAUAUGCAUGAACGGCGGCACGUGCACCAACGGGACGUGCGCGUGCGCACCGGGCUGGAGCGGCGAGUUCUGUACUGAGCCGAUCUGUCGAGAGCCCUGUUUACACGGCGGACGAUGUAUAGCGCCGGACAGAUGCGUCUGCUUCCACGGCCUGUCAGGGACCAGGUGCGAGAUAGACAGGAGGACAGGUCCCUGCUACACAGAAACGAGGAAUGCCCUUUGUACGGGGGCAUUAGAAGGAGUAGUAUGUACUAAACAGCUGUGCUGUGCCACCGUCGGUGUGGCGUGGGGUCACCCUUGCGAGCGCUGUGGAGACCUGGACUGUCCCACGGGACACUUGAGGAACCUAGCUACUAAAGAAUGUCAGGAUAUAGACGAAUGUGCAGCCGUGCCCGGUCUUUGCGAAGGAGGUCGCUGCGUCAACUCAAUAGGGUCCUUCUCCUGCGAGUGCCCCCCAGGACAGCGGAGACACAAACUGACGAACAAUUGCGAGGACAUCGACGAGUGUGAGGACCCUGAUAUUUGCCCGAACGGAAAAUGUGUAAACACAGAAGGCGACUACUACUGCUUAUGUAAUCCGCACUUCAUUCCCAGUCCAGACAAGAAGUUCUGUAUUGAUGGUCGCGUUGGCAGUUGCUUCGCGUACAUGAGUGACACGGGCGAAUGCUCGGACCGGCUAGCGGUGUCCCUUUCUAACAGAGACUGUUGCUGCGGCUACAACAUGGGCCGGGCGUGGGGAGAUUUAUGCCAACCGUGCCCGUUGAGAGGGUCCAUUGACUGGACGCACCUGUGCGGCGGCGGCGCUCUGCCGCCGGGCUGGGGCCGCAACGGCACCGAGCUCAGCGGCUCCGACGAUGACGAACCUCAUCCCAUCGCUAAGAUCAACGAGUGUAUGCUGCGGAACGGCAUCUGUGGACUGGGACGGUGCCAAGACAAGGACAAGGGAUACCAAUGUAUUUGCGACGAUGGAGCCGAAUUGUUAGAAAAGGACGGCAACCCGAUCUGUAUCGACAUUGACGAGUGCGCUCUCGACUACUGCCGCGGGGGCACCUGUAUCAACAAACCUGGCGGGUUCGAGUGCAGAUGUCCUCCCGGCUUCGAUCCUAUAGAGGGAGGCUUGAAAUGCAGCGACAAAAACGAAUGCGACAUGACUCACGGCCGCAUGUGCACCAAUGGAGAGUGUGUCUUAGUCGAUGGAAGUUACGAAUGCACAUGCAACUCUGGCUACGAGCCCACCGAGACCGGUCACGCGUGUCGCGACGUCGACGAGUGUCGCGACAACCCGCGCGUGUGUCGCCGCGGCCGCUGCCGCAACACGCCUGGCAGCUACGAGUGUCAAUGCGAACCUGGCUUCGAGCUCACAGCCGCUGGAUACUGUGGAGAUAUCGACGAGUGUGCUCAGGGCGCGCUGUGCCAGGGAGGGCGUUGCGUGAAUAACGAAGGCUCGUUCCAAUGCGUCUGCGAGGCCGGAUACCGAACCACACCCGACCGCGGCGCGUGCGUCGAUGUAGACGAAUGCUCCGAACAACGAGUCUGCAGGAACGGCAUCUGUCACAAUACGCCUGGGUCGUUCCGCUGCGAGUGUAUACCCGGCUUUACGCUUAGCAACGAUGGGAGGACGUGUCUUGAUGAAGUGAAAGAUCUGUGUUACGAAAAGUUCGAAGACGGACAUUGCAGCGGGCCUGGAUCCGCGACGGUCACGAGAUCUCAGUGUUGCUGUAGUGCUUCUAAAGGUUUACACGGCUGGGGUGGUUUAUCUUGCAAAGCAUGUCCACAGAAAGGAACCCGAGAAUUCGAGGUUCUAUGCCCUGAAGGUGCAAGCAAGGAUAACGGCGGCUCAGACAUAAACGAAUGCACCAUGAUCCCCGGCAUAUGCGCUCACGGGGCCUGCGAGAAUUUAGUCCCGGGGUACCGGUGCAUAUGCGACCCCGGGUUCCACUCCGACGGCGACGGCUGCAAGGACAUCGACGAGUGCGACAUGCACCAGUCCUUGUGCAACGGCGGGCAGUGCCGCAACACGCCCGGCAGCUUCACGUGCGUGUGUCCGCCCGGCACCCGCUACGAGCCCGACGAGCAGCUCUGCCGCGACAUUGACGAAUGCGAGGGUGAGACCAAUUUCAUCGAGAGCGAUUAUGACCGCGGGGACAUCCCCCCCAUGUUCCCAGUCACAGAGCAAGUGAACCCGUGCGAGAAUGGACGCUGCAUCAACACGCAUGGCGGAUACGAGUGCAAGUGCGAACCCGGCUUCGUGCUCGAUGCGAGCGCUAGACAUUGUCUCGAUAACCGGCGAGGUUCGUGUUGGAGACGCGUAGUCGAUGGGCAGUGCGAGGCGGCGGCGCCGGGCGCGCUGCUGCGGCAGGAGUGCUGCUGCAGCGUGGGGCUGGCGUGGGGCUCCCCGUGCGAGACCUGCGACACGCAAGACUGCCCCUGCCCGAAGGGCUACGUCAAGUUGGAUGGCACGACGUGUCGAGACGUGGACGAAUGUGAGCUGGACCGAGACUUGUGCGGAGGCGGAACUUGCGUCAACACGGACGGUUCAUACCGCUGCGAUUGCCCUGAUGGUCUUACUCUUGAUCCCACUGGCCACCGCUGCGUAGACACGCGUAGAGAGCAAUGCUACACAGAAUAUUCUGUUGGCCACUGUAGCGGCGCGCUGAGCGGUGACGUGCACAAGUCUACCUGCUGCUGCUCCGUCGUUGGACGCGCCUGGGGCAGCGCGCGGUGCGAACCCUGCCCUAAACGAGGAACGGACGCAUUCCGCAACCUGUGCAUAUCGGAAGCCAACCUCCCCCCUAACGUGUGGAACCGGCCCGGAGGCGGUCCGUUCGGAGCUUUCAAUAACAGCGACAACAUGAAUAUCAACAUCAACGGCAACAAUGGAUGGGGUGGCCCAGAUCGUCCCGGCGGUUACCCCAACGGCCCCAACGGUCCCUUUGGCCCCCACGGCCCCUACGGCCCGGGCGGCCCCAACGUGCUCCAGGGCCAGAUGGACGUGAACGAGUGCUCGGCCUUCCCGGGCAUGUGCGGGCAGGGUCGGUGCAGGAACACGCCCGGCUCGUUCGAGUGCGACUGCUUCCCUGGAUAUGAAAAUGACGGCAAAAACCGCACUUGUGUGGACGUUGACGAGUGCCGCAUCGUAGACGACGUGUGCGGUGCCGGUGAAUGCUUCAACACUGAGGGUAGUUUCCACUGCCGCUGCCGACCAGGACACAAGGCUGAUGGACUUAGCAAGGUCUGCGUCGAUAUCAACGAGUGCGCGGAUGUGCCUGACUUAUGCCGCAACGGACGUUGCGUGAACACGCCAGGAUCUUACCGCUGUGAGUGCGGGCUCGGCAUGGAGCUCGCACCCGAUCGGCUCUCGUGCAAGGACGUCGACGAGUGCUCGGUCACGUCCGGUAUCUGCAGCAACGGAGCUUGCGAGAAUCAGAUGGGAACAUACCAAUGUGUUUGCGACGAAGGCUACGCGCAGUCCACAGUUAAAAGCCACUGCGAAGACAUCGAUGAGUGCGCCGAGGAUCCCACUAGAUGUCAGCAUGAGUGCGUCAACACACCCGGGUCCUAUCACUGUGUGUGCCGUGACGGGUGGCAUCUCCGCGCAGACGGGCGCACAUGUCGCGACAUCGACGAGUGCUCCGGCGCGCGCGUGUGCGGCGGCGGCGAGUGCCGCAACACACCUGGUGGAUACGUGUGCUCGUGCGGAGAAGGCUUGCUUCCCGCGCCUGACCGGGCGAAACCGACCUGUUUAGAUGUCGACGAGUGCGCUGACAACCCAGACUUAUGUGGGGCAGGCGAGUGUCGCAACACCAUCGGCAGCUUCGUCUGCCGCUGUCCAGACGGCUACAGUGUCAAGCCAGAACAGGGACCAGCUUGUACAGACGACGACGAGUGUGAGCUUGGAACCUGCGACUGCCACCCUAGCGCAGACUGUGUCAACUUGCCCGGUUCAUUCCAAUGCCGCUGCCGAGAAGGCUGGCGCGGGGACGGCAGCGAGUGUGAAGAUGUGGACGAAUGUCUGACGAACAACGGCGGCUGCCACCCGCACGCCACCUGUCGCAACACAGACGGCUCCUUCAUGUGUUUGUGUGACACUGGGUAUAAGGGAGACGGUUACAUGUGUACCGACAUCGACGAAUGCGAGAACGACCCCACACUGUGCGAGAACGGUCACUGUUCGAAUACUCCCGGCGGAUACGAAUGUGACUGCGACGUUGGAUUCACCAGAUCGCCUGACGCUACAUCUUGUCUCGACAUGGACGAGUGCGCCACCUUUGACAACGUUUGUGUGUUCGGACGCUGCGUGAACACAUACGGCAUGUUCAAGUGUCUCUGCGACAAGGGAUACCAAUCUGACAGUGUGGAUGACUUGAUGCCCGGCUUCAAUUGCACGGAUGUGGACGAGUGCAAGUCGCCGCAGUCGUGCCAGUACGGUACUUGCAUCAACACGGAGGGCUCCUACAUCUGCCGGUGCCCGCCCAACUACGAGCUGGUGUCGGACGGGACCGCUUGCUUUGAUUCUCGUAAAGCGCGCUGCUACGGCAGAGUAGAUCUUCGUUCGGGUACCGAACAUUGCCUCAACGGUGACGAGCUCUCUGAAGAUGGAACCAUGGCUGCUUGCUGCUGCUCCGUGGGUGCGGCUUGGGGCAAAUACUGCGAUCUUUGCCCAGAACCAGGCUCCGAGGCUUACCGGCAACUCUGCCCCGGAGGUCCUGGAUAUCAACCCGUACUUGAACCGCCAUCGUAUGUCGUGACAUUAUCCGACAUCGACGAAUGCGCACAACACCCCGCUCUAUGUGAGCACGGAACAUGCACCAACACGUUCGGUUCCUUCGUCUGCGCGUGCGGAGAGGGCUGGGCUUUAGCGCCAGAUCAGAGGAAAUGUGAGGACAUUGACGAGUGCUUGGAACCGGAGAUAUGCGGCCCUGGAGUGUGCAGGAAUCUGCCCGGGUCUUACGUGUGUCUCUGUCCGGAGGGAUACGUCGCUAUGCCUAAUGGAAAGGAAUGCGUCGACGUCCGCCAACGACAAUGCUACAUGGACUGGGAUCCGGACACCGAACGUUGUUCUUCGGCCGUCGGCGUUCCUCAAACCAAAUACCUAUGCUGCUGCUCCGUCGGUCGCGCGUGGGGCGAACCCUGCGAAGCCUGCCCGGAUAAGAACUCUCGAGAACAUUCGCUAUUCUGCGGCGCGGAGCCAGGAAACUAUAGGGACCCGACGAAUAAUGAGACCAAGCCUAUAGAUGAGUGUUCGAUUAUGCCGCAACUCUGCAAGCCUGGACGAUGUGUCGACACUCCUGUUGGAUUUACAUGCUUGUGCGACCAUGGUUACGAAUACGACGCGACCUCCCACCAGUGUCGCGAUAUCGACGAAUGCGGCACGAUAUCGACUCCGUGCCGCGGCCUCGCACAGUGCGUCAACUUACCCGGGGCUUACGAGUGCCGCUGUCCGCCCGGGUAUCGACUGUCGACCACCCUUGAUACCUGCGAGGAUAUUGAUGAGUGUGCCAACCCGAGGCUGUGCGAACACGGGGACUGUCGAAAUACAAUCGGCUCUUACAGAUGCGAGUGCCGGCCUGGCUUCACUCUGCGCGAUGGCUCGUGUCGUGACGUGGACGAGUGCGCGCGGCCGCGGCCCAUGUGCCGGAACGGAACCUGCGAAAACCUGCCCGGCUCACACACCUGUCACUGCGAUGAAGGCUUUAAGCCCGGCGCUAACAAUGACUGCAUCGAUGUAAACGAAUGCCGGGAAGGAGGCAUGGUUUGUCGCAACGGCCGGUGUCGCAACACACUCGGUUCAUUCCGCUGCGAAUGCUCUCCCGGCUACGCUCUCACGGGCGACGGACGCAACUGUCGCGACGUAGACGAGUGUGCAGAGACCCCGGAUCCUUGUGGACGAGAGGGCGAGCCGUCUUGUACCAAUACUAUGGGCAGCUACGAAUGUUCGUGUGGCAAAGGCUGGCGCUUAGUGAACAAACGUUGCGUGGACCGGGACGAGUGCCGCGAGAUACAGGACGUGUGUGCCGGCGGAGACUGCCACAACUUCAAUGGCGGAUACCGUUGCAAAUGCCAUGAAGGCUGGAUGUUCUAUGAAGACUUGGCAAUCUGCGUGGACGAGCGCAAAGAGUUAUGCUUCGACAACUGGUCCGCCGGCCGCUGCCACGACGCGCGCCCGUUACAACUAUCCCGGCCAGAAUGUUGUUGCUCCGACGGUGCGGCUUGGGGUCGAAGAUGCGAGCGCUGCCCUCCGCCAGAAACACCUGAGUUCUUGCGUAUCUGCCAGGGAGGCAUGGGUCGCCCUAACAUCACACAGGACUUGGACGAGUGUAAAGUCCGUCCAGACAUCUGCCGUGGUGGAACUUGUAUUAACACGGACGGAUCUUUCCGCUGCCAAUGCCGUGAUGGAUACCAGCUGGAUUCCACUGGACUAGCUUGCGAGGACACGGACGAAUGCCUCGUGGACCCGCGCAUCUGCGGCAACGGCACCUGCACCAACAAACCGGGCGAGUACGAGUGCACCUGCAACCAGGGCUUUAUGCAGGGACCAGAGCAGACGUGUGUGGACAUUGACGAGUGCGCCGAAGGCAUGGCGGGUUGUUCCUUCCGCUGUCACAACACGCCCGGCUCUUGGCGCUGCGUAUGCCCGUAUGGCUACACGUUAGCUGCUGACGGAACGCAUUGUAAAGACUUGGACGAAUGUGCGGCUGAGCCUUCGCCGUGCCCGCACGCGUGCGAGAACGUCGUGGGAUCGUAUAAGUGCACGUGCCCUGAGGGUUACCGCCGAACGUCCGCUCCGCACAACGCUGAAGACGCCUGUGAAGACAUCGACGAGUGUGAGGACGACUCUCGCUGCUCGCCCGGCGUGUGCGUCAACACGGAUGGCGGGUACACCUGCGAUUGUGAUGCUGGCUUCGAGCUGAGUAGCGACGGUACUGCGUGCAUCGACCGUCGGACAGGACAGUGUUACCGCUCACUAGUCGGCGGGCGCUGCGUGCCAGAGCCAUGGCCGCGCGCCGCCGCGCCGCCAGCACCCAGUCAAGUCACCAAGGCGAUAUGCUGCUGCACACUCGGCGUAGCGUGGGGCUCGGAGUGCGAGCUCUGCCCUCAACCAGGCACGAAGGAACGCCUCGACCUCUGCACGCCCGAGAACCUCACGCCGCCCGGCACCCACGGCACUCACGGCGGCGGCGGCGGCAGCGGCGGGACCGGCGGCGGCGGCGGCGGCGGCGGCAGCACGGGAGGGGGAGAUUCCAUGGUGGUACCGGACAUAUACGGGGAUGUGGACGAGUGCGCGGCCAUGCCUGGCCUUUGUACGCCGGGCAGAUGCGUCAAUACUAUUGGCAGUUUCCGCUGCGUGUGUCCCCGAGGUUACAAGUCGUCUGACGGCAUCUGCGUGGAUAUGGACGAGUGCGCCGCUCGCCCGCCGCCCUGCGAGCAACUGUGUCGCAACACUGAGGGCUCCUACGAGUGCAUGUGUCGCUCGGGAUACGAGGUUGACGAGGACGGAGCGAACUGCCGCGACGUAGAUGAGUGUGCUGCGGGCACACACACUUGCCAACAGACCUGCACCAACACCGAAGGAUCCUACGAAUGCUCCUGCCAGGAGGGCUACGAGAAACGCGGCGACGCUUGCAUCGAUGUGAACGAGUGUCUCGAAGAAGGAGUGUGCCCGUCGCCAGGCAAAUGUGUGAACCUGCUAGGCUCGUACCGCUGCGUAUGUCCGCGUGGCUUCCGCCUGGACUUAGAAGGCUCGCGCUGCCUGGAUCGUGACGAGUGUGCGGACGGCCGCUGCCAGUCCCCGUGCCGCAACUACGCUGGGUCUUACCGCUGCGAUUGUCCUGCCGGUACAACACGAUCUUCAAGUGGUAUCUGCGUGCCAACUGACGCUUGUGCUGCCGGUCCUUGUGGUUCGUCGCCUUGCUUCCCUGUCGGCGGCGCCUACCGCUGCGGCUGUCCAGGCGGUUACGGCUGGGACAGCGGCCACGGCGUGUGUCUACAGAUGGCGGGCGGUUGCGCGACAGCGAGCUGUCUCUUCGGCUGCUCCGCGUUCGGCGACUCGUACCAAUGCGGCUGCCCCACCGGCUACCAGCUGGUCGGCGCCGGCCACUGUCUCACGGCGCUUGACGGCGCGCUGCCGCCGGACGACAUCGGAGACGCGCCGGUGUUCCCUGUACAAGACCAGUACAGGAUCGGCGGGAAGAACGAGCUGAUAUCUACGGAGGGAUGCUUCAGUUGCAAGAUGAAUGGUCGCAGAAGAAGAGCACCCGAUGAAGGCAUCGUGUACGCCAACGGCACGACGGUCAUGCGGCGGCGAAGACGUCGCUCGAGACGUCGUCGUUCAUUGCUCGAGCCAGAAGCAGAGCUGAUUGUUGUCUCCGCAACUCCUCGCCAAACGUGGGGCCGAGCGCCACUGCUGCGGCUGCUGCCGGCCGCUGGCGGCGGCAGGGCGCACUACAGGCUCGCCUACGGAGACCCGGACAGGAACUUUGUGCUGUCGCGACGGGAUGGCGGCUGGGCGCUGAGGCUGAGAAGGCACUUGAAGCCUGACGCGAUACUUCAGCAACAACUGGAGCUUGAAGCCAGAUUCGUGACGCCGCCGAGCACCGGACGAAGACGAAGGAGCGUGGACGCGUCGGUGCCCGCGCCGCUGCGCCUCUACGUGUCCGUCAAGAUCUCACCGCCGAAGCGCUGACCGCUUCACCGCAUAGUAUACCUACGCAACACGCUGAAUUCGUCACGAGUUCGUGCUUCCGAGAUUAGUGAGGACUAAUAUCAUUAAUACUUUUCGUAAUAUUCUCCAAAACAAAGUCAUGAUCUAAAUGCACUGCCACUCCAAUUUAGAUUUAUGUGAAUUAACCGUUGUGUGUAUGAGGAAAAUGAGUACAUAAAUAGUAAAUAAAGUCGGUACCAUGUCAUAAUAAAUGAUAAUAAUGAUUAAUAAUAUAUUAAGGUGGAUGUUAUCAAUAAUUUUGCCAGUUUUGAUGUUACCAAUUUUGUUAUAGAAUAUUUUGAACGUUUUGUUUUUAUACUUUUAUUUUGUAUGUUUUUCUUUUCAUCAUCUUACUUCCGUUGUUCAGAAGAUAUAAAUGUAUUUUUUUUAAAUAUUAAAGUAUUUACAGAUUGGAUAUCACCCUACCUAUACUUUAGUAACAUAAUAAUUAUGUAUAAAAAUCGUACGUAUUAAACCUAAAUCGACUUCCUGUUUACCAAAUAUUUGCUCGUGCUUAGGAUAUCCUCAUUUUAUAAGCUUUGCCAUGCACGUGUGAUGUAUUGAAAUCCAGUGACACAGAUCCGUGUGGCAGGUAUCGGAUUAGCAUUUCGGCAAGUUGCAAUAGUCGCGUAACGACGCUUGGCACCGGCGCGAGCGAACGCAGAAGUUAAUCCACUCGCCGGCGCCGAGCCAAGCACUUUUUACGAUAGCCCGGCCGUCUCGCCAGUAUUAAUGUGAGAUUGACUGCUUAGUUAAAACUUAAACGAACAAUCCUAUAUGUCUCACUCGACGUAAUGUUUGAUUCUAUUCACUACAUUACUAAAUCUAUGAACAACUCGUAAUAAUUAACGAAUAUCGAUAUUAUUAUUUAUGUUUGUUUCCCAUCACUAUAUCCCCAGUGAUCUGAAAAGUGUGUAAUAAAACUCUAAGUAAUUAUUUUAUUUAGAUUUAAGAAAAUUAUUUAUUUAACAUUUCCAACUGUAAGCUUGAUUUUUACUUUUUGAGCCAUUUAUAUUUUAGGAUUUGUAGACUGGUUCUGUUAAGAAAUCGUUGGCCUUUUAUACUAGUUUUAAAAGUACAAAAAUGCAAUAAACUAUUUUGUAAAUAUGUGUAUACAAAUGAAUAAAAAUACAUAAUAUAAUUCUUAGUCCUAAGUAGUAUUAACUACCAGUAAGCGUGAAUGUUAAGCUUUGUCAGAGCGAAUGGGAAUAAAUAUUUUUUAUUUUAA